AAAAAACACCUAUUUGUUACUACUACAUUCAUCGAUUUUAUUACAUAACACUUACACAUACACACAUGGACAUGGCUGAUGUGUCUGAAUACAAAGAAAAUGAUCCAAAUCGGAUUGAAAAAGGCCUACCUUACUACAACAACAAUAGUAAUAGCUACCCUAGUACCUCUUCAUCACCUACUAUCGUCUCUGAAUUUGGGGAGGAUGAAUGGGAAGCUGACGAUCCUGCCAAUCCUUACAAUUGGUCAAAACUCUACCGCUGGGUCCAUACACUGAUCGUAUCCUCUCUUGUCAUUUCUGUUGCUUUUGGGUCAUCUGUGAUUUCCGGCGAUCAAGGAGGCGUCAUGUCAGAAUUUAAUGUAUCUUCCACGGUCACUGCUUUACAAGUAUCCUUGAUGGUUUGCGGCUUUGGUGUCGGUCCUAUCCUUUGGAGCCCGCUAAGCGAAACGAUAGGUCGUAAACCCGUCUAUAUUAUCGCUAUUGGCAUAUACGUCAUCUUCAACAUUCCUUGCGCACUGGCUCCAAACAUUGGUACCAUUCUCGUGUGUCGCUUUAUUGCUGGUUUCUUUGCUUCGGUGGUCCUCACCCUGGCCGGUGGCUCAAUCAGUGACAUUUUCAAAGCUGAAGAGCGUGGCGCUGCCAUUGCGUACUUUGCUGCCGCACCUUAUGCAGGUCCUGUUCUUGGCCCUAUCGUCGGCGGUUGGGUUUUCGUUGGCACUCAAUCUUGGCGAUGGAUCUACUGGGUCAAUAUGAUCUUUUCUGGUGUUAUGUGGAUUGUCAUCUGCUUCCUCCCCGAAACCUAUGGACCAGUGCUGCUACGACGUCGUCGAGGAGGUACACUAUCCGAAGCCUUGAGGAAAAACUUUGAUCUCCAAACGACGCUGGUUCGUCCUUUUACUUUACUCCUGACCGAGCCCAUCCUGUUCUUGAUGUCCUUGUACAUUGCCAUUAUCUACGCUUUGCUAUAUGGCUUUUUUGGCUGUUAUCCCAUUAUUUUUGGUGAUAUCUGGGGUAUGAACAGUGGCUUUGUCGGUCUCAUGUUCCUCGGUGUCAUGGUUGGCGUCGCCCUAGCUUUGUUUAUAACGCCUCAAUUCGAAAAGCGCUAUAUUAAAAGUAACCAAACGCCCGAAGAUCGUUUGCCUGGUAUGAUGUUCUCGGCUCCGUUUAUACCCAUCUCGCUAUUUAUCUUUGGUUGGACGUCCCAUGCACAUUGGGCAGGUCCAAUGUGCGCCGGCAUUCCUUUCGGCUUUGGCAUGGUCCUUGUCUACUAUGCAGCAAACAAUUAUAUUAUCGAUUGCUUUAGCCAAUACUGUGCUUCAGCAUUGGCCGCAAAGACAAUCAUUCGAAGUGGUGGCGGUGCCGCCUUUCCGUUAUUUGUUGGACCCUUGUAUCGUAACUUGGGCUCGCAGUGGGCAAGUUCGCUUCUGGCAUUUAUUAGUCUAGCAAUUAUUCCUAUUCCAUUUGUAUUUUACAAGUGGGGUCCUCAGAUUCGUGCCAAGUCCCAUUCUGCAAAUACCUCUAAUCAUCCACCACCUCCAGAAAACCUGGAAAAGCUGUAAAAGAAACCUGAUUUACACUACAAUUUCUUAUCCAAUGUACUUAUAUAAUUUAGAUUCGCCUACAGUAUUUGCCUUCCCUUCCAUUUAACACAUUGGUAUCGUCAUUUUAUUAUCAUAUAUUUUCUCUCUAUAUUUCCACGUAAUACAACAACAACAACCAACAUCAUCUUCUUCGUUUAUAAGAGCAAAAGCUAUUGUUUUUGUUCUCUAAUUUGACCGACUGAUGGUAUAGAGCAAAUCUGAGAGCUAUCAUUUUGUAUAUCAUAAUAUAAGUGGCUCAGCAAUCCUUCCAAGCUCUCCAAAAUAAAUAAAAACAAGUGUGAA